CUGAAACACAGCUUAGUUAAUACACAUUGGCAUUUCUAGUCACCUAUCCAAGGAGGGAAGCCUCGUCACAUAAAUUCAUCCGCCCAUGCUAUUUAUCAACCAUGGCUAUGAGAGUGGUCCCUGCUGUCAUCUCCACUGGCAAACUGGAUGUGGUUGCGUGGGGAUGGGGUAACCUUCAUCUGCUCCCUUGCAGACCGAGCAUGUCUUCCUACAAAUCAAGCUCCGCUCUGCACCUGCAGAGCUCUCUCGAGGUGCACCGCUCUGUCGUUCGAUGCUCCGGCAGACAGAGUCGUGAAUGUCCACCCCCGAUUGUCAGAAGGACUACGUACAGCUCGGCUCGGCUCAUGUGGGACCACAAUAAUAGUAAUCGGAUGGGAUGGGGCCAGGCCAUGGGAACUCCUGCGGCUGCUGGUGCAAAGGAAAUCCUUCUCCACUUUGCGGCGUUACACCGUCAUUACGCUGUCCCUAGAAGUCUGGCGCCUUAAUUUCCCUUCAGCACAUGGUGUGGGACAGGAUUAGACUCUGGAGUGUGGAAUCUGGUGGUAGACGCUCAGUGCUGCUGACCUUCGGUUCAGUACAGCGCAGCUCUGUUCAUUUGGGACAUGCAUACAGUGGGCUCGGGGGUUGACGAUACGUAAUACAGAGAUGGGCUUUGCAGCCUCUCCUAUCUGGCUCUCCGUCCCAGCACGGCAUGCGAGGAAUUCACUACCCCGGACCCCGGCUCGUUGCAGUCGUAUUUAACGCCCUGCAGGAUGGGCAGAAUCGGCACCCGAAUCUUCUGAGAAUGAAUGUGGAGACGUGCCGGGCAACAGAAACUACGUAAGCGGAAAGCCAGCUCUUUCAGUAUGGCAAGCCAUGGCACGGCAGGAGCAGGGGUCAUGAUGGUGUGCGAAGGCCAGAUUCGACGAGAAUAUCACGCUGGUGACACUGAUUUCUGUUCGGCUGUCUUUGCAUGGACUAAGCUGAAGUUAGGAAGUUGUAGAGACCGCCAUGGCCGAGAGAGCACGAAGGAAGAAGUAGACACUACAGUGGAGUGUGCCCCCACCUCUAACACGGUUCAUCACCGGCAACAAUGCCCACCGUCUUGCGUGGGGAUGUAAGAGCCGAUGUACUGUACUCCUGUUCUACCUCCAUCCCUCUCUAUCUACUCUCGUCUCUUCUUUCUUCGGGAUCUAAUAUGAUAAAUGUCAAAAUCUCCCGCGUGCACACCAACUCCGUCACGAUCCACCCACCAACAGAUCAGCCAAGCUUUAGGUCUCCGAGACUCUUUCUUUCUCUCUCCCUCUCUACUUCUCAGAGUUCUAUGAGAAUCGGAUUUGCAAUUUGCAAACUAUUGAAAUUGAUUCGACCAUUGAAUUAUGCAAAUUACAAACCACUGAAAUUGCACUACAAGGAGC